AUGAUGGACCUAAACGACCACUUCAAUUCGGACAUCAUCUUCCUGAAGAUGCCGCAUCUUUUCAAGCCGUUGCAAGUGAUCUGCGCCAUCGUCCUUGCUAUCUGUGUCGGCUCUACGGCGGGAGGUGAAAAUGGUGUCGUUUGGUUCGUCAUAUUCGCCUCAAUGCUAUUGUCUGCCCUGGCUACCGUAGCCUUUGCGCUCAGGAUUCAGGAUUCUCUCGUGGAGAGCAUCUCGAACGGCUCGUUGACAUGGAAUUUGGUGGAGAUGAUCUACUCCUUCGUCCUCGCUGUCCUCUCUGCAAUUUGCAUAUGGCUUUCCUUCGGGCUGGCCGGCCGAGUGUUGUUCGGCUCGUCGGCUGGAUACGUGGCCGCUGGGCUUUUCUUCGUCGUUCAAACAGCGCUCUACGCCGCGCCCUGCGUGAUGAUUUACGACCAAGUGCAGGCCACCGGGGAGAACGAGCAGAACAACGUCCAGAUCGCUCACCCGUUUACCGAGAACUCGUACCAGUACGAUGUC